AUGCCCGGAGGAAAGCCCCCUCGUAUGCGAUCAGCGUGCACCUCUUGUCACGCCGCCAAGGUCCGGUGCACAGGAGAAAAGACAGGAUGCAAAAGAUGUCUACAGUCAGACAUGACUUGCACGUACGAGGUAUCGCUCGUGGGCAGAAUGACCAAGAAAAGGCGGAGGCAGAAGUGCAAUGGCAGGGCUCACAACACGGAUGACGAGACCCCGGUUGAAUAUCUUCAUCCUCUAUCGAGAUCGGUUUCUUGCGGAGAUCAAAACUGCCUGGACCCAUGCAAGCUCGCCAUCAGCAGCCCUGGUUGUUACGACGACCCCUCAGCUCAGCAUCCGUACGACCACACCCUUGAUCAAACCGGAAACUGCAAUCCCCAGUCACAGUAUCCAGCUGUUGAACUCAGAAAUAACAGCGUGUACGGCCCCUACUCUGAAAUCGAAUCCAUACUCCCUUGUUUAAGACAAGCCGCCGACAUCCUACCCCUCAGCCCGGACUCUACCUGGCUUUCUCCAAGCACAUCAGACUCGCCGCCCAAAGAGCAAUGGAGCCCGGAGCCUCAAAGUACUUCGGUAAUUUCAGAGCUAUCUACCAUGCUAGAGUCGCUGGAAACACAAACACGGUCGAAAUCUCGGGCUCUGGAUGAGAUACUCCAGACCAACCGAGCCUGCAUGACCAGUCUCGGCAAGAUCCUAACCACAAGCGAGUACUCUAGCUACAGGAGUGGCGGAAUACUCGCAGUCUCCGCUUUGGAGCUCAUCAUUUACUCGUUUGAGGAGGCGGUCAAAUCCCAAGGAUGGGGAAGCGAGCCUAGCUCACAGAUUUGCGGAAGCUUGUCAAGCGUGAAAUUUGGGGUAUUCGAAGUGGAUCCCGAGGAGCAAGUUGCAAUCGUAAAGAGGAUAGUCUUCAAGGAGGUAAAGAACUGUCUGGAAAUAACCUUCAAAGCUGACGAAUAA